AUGAGGCGCAGUGAGCGGCGCGGCCCCGGUGAGGGCCCCGGUAAGGCCGCGUUGGAGGAGCGGAGCCUGCAGCACAACGGGAACGGGCCUAACCCCGGUCCUAACCGCUCCGGUCCCGGUUCCAACCCCGGCCUCCGCCGCAGCACCGAGUCCGAGGUGUUCGACGACGGCACCAACACCUUCUUCUGGAGAGCUCACACCUUAACAGUCCUCUUCAUCCUCACCUGUGCGCUGGGCUACGUGACCCUGCUUGAAGAAACACCCCAAGAUACAGCCUACAACACCAAGAGAGGUAUCGUCGCCAGUAUCCUGGUUUUCCUGUGCUUUGGAGUGACGCAAGCUAAAGAUGGACCAUUUUCAAGGCCUCAUCCAGCUUACUGGAGGUUCUGGCUGUGUGUCAGUGUUGUCUAUGAGCUCUUCCUCAUCUUCAUCCUCUUCCAGACAGUCCAGGACGGGCGGCAGUUCAUGAAGUACAUUGACCCCCAUUUAGGUGUUCCUUUGCCAGAAAGGGACUAUGGUGGCAACUGCCUCGUCUAUGACCCUGGCAAUGAAACGGAUCCAUUUCACAACAUCUGGGACAAACUGGAUGGAUUUGUCCCUGCUCACUUUGGCUGGUACCUGAAGACGCUGAUGAUUCGGGACUGGUGGAUGUGGAUGAUCAUCAGUGUGAUGUUCGAGUUCCUGGAGUACAGCCUGGAACACCAGCUUCCAAACUUCAGUGAAUGCUGGUGGGAUCACUGGAUAAUGGAUGUGAUCCUGUGUAAUGGAUUAGGAAUUUACUGUGGGAUGAAGGACUCUGUCUUGGCUUUCUUUGAAACAUACAAAUGGCAAGGGCUUUGGAACAUUCCUACAUACAAGUAA